GAAAGGUCAGGGGAUGUAAAGUGUCAUGAGGCUUGACAGUGUGAUUUCACACGUUGUUUUCUGCAGUUCUAAAAGUGGCUGUCAGGGUAGUAAGCGAAGCAGAGUUCUUGGGAUCAGAGAACGCCUGGCAAAAUGAACGAUACAUGCAACGCAUCUCAAAUCUAUCUCCUACCUCCCAUGUACAGUAUUGAAAUGUGUGUGGCUUUGGCAGGGAAUUUAUUUGCUCUGUGGCUCCUGUUGGUGAGAGAAAGACGGAACUGGCACACGGGAGUCGUGUUCUCCUGUAACCUGGCCAUAAGCGACGUGCUUUACGUCCUAACCUUGCCUUUGCUCAUCAUUUACUAUGCCAACGAGAAGCGAUGGACAUUUGGAGUUGCCGCGUGCAAAAUCGAACGUUUCCUGUUUAACUGCAACCUCUAUGUUAGUAUUUUCUUCAUCAUGUGCAUCAGCGUCAACAGAUAUCUUGCCAUCGUCUACCCAUUCUUCACUCGCAGCCACAUUCGUCCUAAACACGCGAUGAUCACGAGCGCUCUGGUGUGGCUCACAGUAGUCAUCACUUUAACACCAGUCCUUAGAUUUGCCGGAACGCACGAUCCAGGGAAUAAAACUCUUUGCGUUUCCUGUUUUGAUGACGCACUGAAAGCCUCCCAUUUUAAGUACACGGUGUUUCUCAUGGUUGUGGGAUGCAUGCUUCCUUUGCUAGUUACCUUGGCAUCUUAUCUGGGUGUGAUUUGGACAGUUCUGAGAAAUGAAAAUAUAACCACGCUGGAGAAAAGAAAAGUAGCUCUCAUGGUCGCUAUAGUCUGUGUCCUUUACGCCAUAUCGUUCGUGCCUUAUCAUGUGUUGCAGACGUAUCGGGUGUACUUGAGAAUGAACCAUAUUGGCAAUAAGUGCUGGGUGCAUAAUUCAUAUCAAGUGUCAAAAGGGCUGGCCACCUUGAACAUGUGCAUACAUCCGCUUCUGUACAUGGCGGUUUUUGACAGCAUACGGACGGCUUGCUGUGGAAAAAGCUCAGGCGAGUAAACGGUGAGAGAAGCGUCUGAAUGCAGCAGAUUGCAAACCACAAACCAGUGUAUAUACGUAUGGUUUCAUCAGAUGCAGGCGCCUGGCCCGAAUUUAACGUCCGGUCUAUGUUUGGUUAUCGGUCUGGCUUGUGACUAGUAAUAGACGAAGUAUAAUAUUCAUGUUAAUUAAUUUAUAUUGUAUUCAAUUAAAUUGAAACUACUCAACAGUUAUUGAUUCUUUGAAGAGGUCUACCGGAAGUUAAGUUCGGGCCACAUAACGUUUGUUUAUGUUGCUGCUGAAACCGUCUCUAUCUUGAAUUCAAAAAUUGUGUCGUAAUAUAGAUUUGUACUGAAAAUGAGCUUUGUGCUACUAUCCAAGACCGCAUUUUUAAGAAAGGAAGUAAAACAUUUUAGGUUCAGGCCUUGGGUGGUUUUUGUUACUCUGCCAAUGUUCAUAUAGUGGACGUGCAACGUUAUUCAUUUUUAAAUCAAGAUAGCAAUACAGAUUUGUGUACAUAUAGGCUACUUUGUUUGUUUUAUCCCUAUUAUAAGCAACCUAGACAUCAUAUUUGACCCAGUCUGUGAAAACCCAACCGAAGUAAUUUUUUAUGAUUGACUGUUUUUAAAAUCAUCCUACAUAAUGUAAAGAACAUUCUGUAAAGAUAUGACCUUGAUGUCAUGUCAAAAAUUGAAAUCAUAGUGGAAUUGAUGGUUGAAAUCAAACUUGGAUGCUUCUUAUCUGAUAAUUAGAUUGAGACUUUUGCCUGGAUUUCACAGACUGGGUCACAAUUAUGGUAGAAGGCAGGCCAGUCUGUGAUGUGUGAGAAAAUAUUUUUAUCUUGAAUAAAUAUAAAUGUUUGAAUAAAGAAACACAAAUCACA